CUGGCUCCCCUCCAAGGUCUCGAGGUUUGGCGGCUCUGGAGGACAGAACAUGGCCAGGGAGGCUGGCAAAGCAUUGACGCGGGCGACCCUGGUGGUGCUGGCCACCCUGGGCACGGCUGUGAUCGCGACCACGAACCCCGGCGUUGUGGCCAGGAUCACCCAGAAAGGCCUGGACUACGCCUGCCAGCAAGGAAUGGUCGUGCUGCGGAAGGAGCUGGAGAAAAUCACGAUCCCCACAUUCUCAGGGACCUUCAAGAUCAAGCACCUCGGGAAAGGGCACUAUAGCUUCUAUAGCAUGGCUAUCCGUGGAUUCCAGCUUCCCAGCUCCCAGAUGAAACUAGUGCCCAGUGAGGGCCUCAAUCUCGCCAUCAGAAAUGCCAAUGUCAUGAUCAGUGGAAAAUGGAAGGCGCGAAAGAAUUUCAUCAAAACCAGCGGCAACUUUGACCUGAGCGUGGAGGGCGUCUCCAUCUCGGCGGUUCUGAAGCCGGGCUUCGACCCCACCUCGGGCCGCUGCACCGUCACCUGCUCCAGCUGCAGUAACCACAUCGACAGCGUCCGUGUGCACGUCUCAGGCAGCAGGCUGGGGUGGCUGAUCAAACUCUUCCACAAGAAAAUGGAGUCUUUGCUCCGAAAGAUGAUGAACAACAAGAUCUGCCAGGUUGUGACCAAUUCUGUGUCCUCCAAGCUGCAAGGUUACUUAAAGACACUGCCAGUGAAAACCCGAAUAGAUCGUGUCGCUGGAAUUGAUUACUCACUGGUGGCACCUCCGACAGCCACGGCUGACAACCUGGAUGGGCAGCUGAAGGGGGAGUUUUUCAGGUGCGGCCAGCACAGCCCCCCUCCCUUCGCUCCUCCGCCACUGGCCUUUCCCAACGACCACGACCGCAUGCUGUACCUGGGCAUCUCCGACUACUUCUUCAACACAGCGGGGCUCGUGUACCAACAGGCUGGGGUCCUGAACCUGACCGUCACAGACGACAUGAUACCAAAGAAAUCCAAAUUCCGACUGACGACCGAUUUUUUUGGAAUCCUCAUACCCCAGGUGGCCAAGAUGUUCCCCAACAUGAAGGUGCAGCUAGUCUUCUGGGCCUCCUCCCCACCACACCUCACCAUGAACCCCGCCGGCCUCGUCCUCACCCCUACCCUGGAUGCCCAAGCCUUUGCUGUCCUCCCGGACUCCUCUUUGGCCCCCCUGUUCGUGCUUCGCCUGAGCAUGAACAUUUCUGUGAUGGUUGGAGCCAAGCCUGACAGGCUUGUGGGACAGCUCGGGUUGAACAAGCUGCUCCUAGAACUGAAGCACUCGGACAUCGGCCCCUUCUCGGUUGAAGUGCUGCAGGCUGUCAUGAACUAUGUUGUGCCCAUUGCUGUGAUCCCCAAGGCUAAUGAGCGGCUGCAAGAAGGCUUCCCCCUCCCGAUGCCCGCCAACGUCCAGGCCUACAAUCUGGUGCUUCAGUCUCACCAGAAUUUCCUGCUGUUGGGUGCAGAUGUUCUCUACAGCUGAAGUCGCUGGAGGUGCUGGGGGCUGUCAGCCACGCCAGGAGGUGAGAGGUUGUCCGCACCUGCUCCCGACGUGCCUGAGGGGCAGAGGCUGCCUUUCUCCAGUCCUUGAACCAGAACCCCUUGCAAAUUUCUCCAAACUCAGAUUCAGAAAUGAUCUCAAUACAGAAACUUUGUUCCUUGAGAAAGUGUGCAAUGUGCAGUUCAGGGAUUAUGAGUGUCCUUCAAGGGCUAAGCCUGCCCAGAGAUUUCCUCCAAGGAUUGCUUUCCAGUUGUUGCCACACUAUUU